GCUGGUUUGAGACGCUUGGACUUAAGCGUUAUGUACACCACGUUGGACCGGGUCGGGAACACAAAGCUCGCACCGGUCUGCAGGUCAGCGGAGUCUGGCAGCGCACCGUUAGUCUCCAAAUGAUACAAUCCACGGGCGUGCCGGUUCUUGCCCUUAUCGAUCCUUCUGCCCCGGUGCUGCUGUGAGUAUCCAACUUGUGAAACCACGAAAAACAAAUAAACCACACAUACAGACGCAAUUAUCAAACUUCUUUUUGAAAGAGGACACCUCCAAAAGUUGCUGGACAGUUUUAGAAAAGGGAAGCACAGCCAGUGAAAGCGAGACUUCCCCAUUAGAACUCAUGUCAUUAUCACGGUUGAGUCUUUUUUUUUUGCGUCAAACUCGAGCUAGGGAGGAGCGCAUAACUCCCGAAAGUCAUUUUGGAAGGGAGGAUUUGUGGCCAUAGAGCGCAGGGAGACAACUGCGCAGUGGAUGGACAGGCUGGGAAACCACCCAACAAGCAAACAUGAAGAAACUUGAACCCUCUAAGAUUUUUUUCUUCUUUUUUCAGGUACUUUCAGGUAAAGUACCUUAAUAAGCACUUCAGGGACACCUGAUGAAUGUGUUGUAUGAUUCAAUUAAUUCCUGAAAUUAGUUGGACAUCCCCCGAGAAAGAACGGGAUUUCAAAUUUAAUUAUAUGCCCUUAAAAAUAAUUGAAAUUUAUAACAUAUACAGUUGUCUAUAAUAUUUCGUAUGGCGUCCCAUGUAGAUAUUUCAACUCAGCAGGCACCGCUUUGCUCUGAGCUUUGGGGGAUAUUAUGGGCUUCAUGGAAAUAUUACAGAAUCACAUUUAAAAACAGAUUUCCGAGGUGAGGGUGAUCAGUCUUUAAAUGAAAUAAUAUUUAAACCCUUUAGGCCUGAGUAUAUCUACGCGUUUUAGGCGACAUCUAGUGGUUAAUUUCCCUGUUUCUGGAUUCUAAUUCUGAGUGCAGAGUAGAAAAAGGGAAACAAUUUACAACAGGAAACACAGAUUUCCUCGCUUAGCAGGGAGAUGUAGGCAAGGCGCAGGAGCCACAGGAUUUCCUGAUCUGAGCAAAAACACAUUUAUACAUAGAACUAUUGUCUUUAUUCCGUGUCCUUAAGUGCAGAGAAGUGCUGUCUUCCUAACUCAUUUCAAACCCUCAGAAAUAGCUGUUUUCUGGUUGUGUUGUCGCUCCUCUUCAUGAGCCAGAUUGGAUAACUGGCAGCACCUGGUUGACUUUCUGUCCUCACCACUGCAGAUACACAUUGUAAACCUUUUCAUUCAAAGGAAAAAACUAUUUUCAGCUGCAGCGUGCUCCAAGUUCUAAGCUCACUUUUGCUUUUAUUUGCUGCUGCGUUAUUGAUGGUGAGCUGUCACAGAGCUGAAGGUAUGUAAUCUAUAAUUGGUCUGUGAUGGAUAUGUGGGGCUGCGUGAGGCUGCGGUUUGAAAUCGACAGUCUUGGAUGUUCAUUUUGCUGUGAAACUCAUCCAGGAGCCAAAGGCAGCAACGGGAAUGGUUCCAUUUGUAACUCAACCACCGUCGCUCAUUUCGCCUAUGGAAUUGCUACAUGCGUGUUUGCUGUGUUGCUGUAUGGAACCAACCUUGUUCCUGUGAAAAUAAUAGAAACAGGAGAUGGAAAGCAUACAGCACUUAUUAGUAUUUUCUUUCAGUGGAUAUACUGUGCAGCAAUUUGUGUAUCAAUGACUGGAGACUUGAUGCUUCACUCACCCAAAUUCUACCCUUUUGCAAUGCUGGGAGGAGGAGUUUGCUCUGCCAUAGACAAGCUGCUAACUUUUCCAUUCAUAUGGCCUACAGGAAACGUAGCGGUUGUUCCCAUCAUUAAAGCAAUUGGCAUCGGCCUUGGAGCUCUAAGCAGUUAUGGACCAAGAUCCUCUGAAUUGCGGAUGGAUUCCAUUGGACCAAAGAUCAGGCGAUUCAUCUUGGUUUUAAGUGUUACCAUGGUGGACCUGCUUUAUAGUUCCUCCUUUGUGCCCAUAUUCUACAUUAAGAAGCAUUCAUUGUGCCAGGACAGUGCAUUCUAUGGAGCCAGUGUCUAUGGUAUGGUUUCCACGCACCUUUUAGUUGAUAUUCUUCGACAUGAACGGAUUAACCUGCAUUGUGAACUCUUGCUUUGUAUUCAAAGUGUAUUGUCGCAGAAUUACAAGUGCCCUCUUAACCUUUCUUGCACUUCAAGACUGUUGUCUGGAUUGAUGUGGGCAUUGGCCACACACUCCUGGUUCCUGGCCAAUAACUACCUGAGUUCUGUAAUUACAUUUCCUAUUGUCACAGCAGGCUACGAUCUGAUUGCAGCACUGUGGGGAUCCUUGGUGUUGAGAGAGAUUAAGGCCUUAUCCAACUGCUUCAUCUUUUUCUUGGCGUCAUGUGUGGUGCUGACCAGCUCCCUACUGACUGCCAUCUCAAAGCUCUCAUAAUGCAGAACACCAUCAUGUAAAAACGUCUCGCGGUUCUAUAGAAAUUAGUCAUUUUUACUUUCAACUUUCAACAUUUUUCAACUUCAGCUUUUAUUGUCAUUCAGCAAUGUACGUAGCACACAGUUAAACGAAAUGACGUUUCUCACAUCCAUUCACAGUGCAGAAAUGAGGGUAAUACUGUAAAAAAAAGUUAAGAAUAAAUAAAAGGUAAAAAUAAAUAUAAGAUAAUUUAAAAAGACUCAACUAGAUUAAAAAAAAAAAAAGCACAAGCAUACAUCAGACACAAUCAUACUCGCUACUGGGGUGAUAAUGAGUGAGAUUAAUGUGGCUGCAGUUUUGGGUAUGGGGGUGAUGGGUGCAGGUCUAUGUGUGUUGUAGCCGCAGGAUGUUCAACAGUCUGACUGCCUGUGGGAAGAAGCUGCUACAGAACCUUAAUGUGUGGGUUCUGAUGCUGUGCAGUCUCUUUCCUGAUGGAAGGGA